AUCCCGGAGCACCCGCUGGGCGACGUGUGCGAAGCGCUCUUCAUUAGCUGAUGAAGAAUGGGGGAGAUCGAAGGAACAUACAGAGUCUUGCAGACUCCAGGGACACGGUUGGGCACCCAGGCCCCAGGGGGAGUGAGCACCCUCGAGCCUGGGCAGGCUCUCUUGGCACCAGCAGCCCGGGCAUCAGCCAGAAUGCAGGAGAAGCAUCUUCACAUCCGAGUGAAGCUGCUGGACAACACCGUGGAGAUAUUUGACAUUGAGCCAAAGCGCGAUGGCCAGAUGCUGCUGACUCAGGUGUGGAGGCGCUUAAACCUGACGGAGUGCGACUACUUCGGACUGGAGUUCCAACACCCCCGGGCCGACUGGAUUUGGCUCGAACCUAUGAAGCCCAUCAUUAGGCAAAUACGAAGGCCAAAGAAUGCAUUGCUUCGUCUAGCAGUGAAAUUCUUCCCACCGGACCCGGGUCAGUUGCAGGAAGAAUAUACAAGGUACCUGUUUGCCUUGCAGCUGAAGAGAGACCUCCUGGAGGAGCGCCUGCCCUGCGCGGACACCACAGCCGCCCUGCUGGCGUCCCACCUUCUGCAGUCGGAAAUAGGAGAUUAUGAUGAAACCCUGGAUCGAGAGCACCUUAAAGUUAACGAGUAUCUGCCCAGUCAGGAGCGUUCUCUUGAGAAGAUUCUAGAAUUCCACCGGAAGCACACGGGCCAGACACCUGCUGAGUCCGAUUUCCAGGUGCUCGAAAUUGCCCGAAAGUUGGAGAUGUAUGGCAUCCGAUUUCACGCCGCUUCUGACAGGGAGGGGGCCAGAAUUAACCUGGCCGUUUCCCACAUGGGUGUCCUCGUGUUCCAGGGCUCUGCCAAAAUUAACACCUUCAAUUGGUCCAGAGUUCGAAAACUCAGCUUCAAGAGGAAAAGGUUUCUCAUCAAACUGCACCCAGAGGUCCGUGGGCCUUACCAGGACACACUAGAGUUCCUGUUGGGUAGUAGAGACGGAUGUAAGAACUUCUGGAAGAUCUGUGUGGAGUACCACACCUUCUUUCGACUGUUUGAUCAGCCUCAGCCCAGAGCGAAGGCAGUCCUCUUCAGCAGGGGCUCCUCCUUCAGAUACAGCGGAAGGACUCAGAAGCAGCUGGUGGAUUAUGUCCGAGACAGUGGGGUGAAGCGGGCUCCCUACGAGAGAAGACACAGCAAGACUCGGACAGCUGUUUGUGCUCUGGCUGCAGACUUGCCGAGACAGAGCGUCUCCUUCGCUGAGGGCCCGAGGACUUCUGCGCCCCCGUCUUCCGCAGGCGCCUCCUUCUAUUCCAUGCCUGCCUCACCUCUGGCCCUGCGGGGCCUGCCUGAUUUCAGAGACAGCUCUGGCUCCCUCACCGAGCCCCAGGCGCCCGAUGCCAAGAGGCCAGCCGCAGAGAGGAGCAGCGCAGCCGCAGCCGACGGCGACACCAGACGGGCCCAGUCCCCCGGGCCCCCUGCGCCGCAGCCUUGCCAAGGCCUUUCCGUGGACAGUCCUCAGCCUUCUCCCUCCACCUGGAAGAGCCCACUGAGCCUGAGCCCUGCGUCUCAGGUGACUCUGGGCCCAGCUGAACAGGGCUUGUCCCCCCUCCUGAGCCCUGUCCUUAGCGACGUUGGCAGAGCCAGGAUGGACGGCGAGGAGGAGCCAGAACACAAGAAAGUUGUCAGUGAGGACCGACAGUAUUCGGGUGGCACGGAGACUGAGAGCGCGGCCGCUGAUGAGGCCUAUUUCAUAGCGAAGGAGAUUCUUGCCACAGAACGAACGUACGUGAAGGAUUUAGAAGUUCUCACUGUGUGGUUCCGCAGCGCGGUGGCCAAGGAGGACGCCAUGCCUGCAGACCUGAUGACGCUGCUCUUCUCCAACAUAGACCCCAUCUACGAGUUUCACAGGGGCUUCCUGCGCGAGGUGGAGCAGAGGCUGGCACUCUGGGAAGGGUCUGUUGGUGCCCAUUCCACAGGCGGCCAUCAAAGAAUCGGGGACAUCCUGCUCAGGAACAUGCAUCAGUUAAAGGAGUUCACCGGCUACUUCCAAAGGCACGACAAAGUCCUGACUGAACUGGAAAAGGCCACCAAACGCUUUAAGAAGCUAGAGACGGUGUACAAAGAGUUCGAGCUCCAGAAGGUCUGCUACUUGCCUCUUAACGCGUUCCUGCUGAAGCCCGUCCAGCGGCUGGUGCACUACCGCCUGCUGCUGAGCAGGCUGUGCGGGCACCACGCGCCCGGGCACCCCGACUACGCCGCCUGCCGAGACGCCCUCCAGGCUGUCACAGAGUUGACCUCCACGCUCCGGCACAGCCUUGCCCGACUGGAGAACCUCCAGAAGCUGACAGAGCUGCAGCGGGACUUGGUUGGCGUCGAGAAUCUCAUCACUCCCGGCAGGGAGUUUAUCCGUGAGGGCUGCCUUCACAAGCUCACCAAGAAGGGCCUGCAGCAGAGAAUGUUCUUUCUGUUCUCAGAUAUGCUGCUCUACACAAGCAAGGAGGUCACAGGCACCAGCCACUUCCGGAUCCGGGGCCUCCUUCCCCUCCGGGGCAUGCUGCUAAUAGUGCUGGACCCUCCGGUGGAAGAGGGCGAGAGUGAGCGGUCAGUCCCACACUGUUUCACCAUCUGCGCGGCUCAGAAAACCGUUGUGGUGGCAGCCAGCACCCGCCUGGAAAAGGAGAAGUGGAUACAUGACCUGAACAUGGCCAUCGACCUGGCCAAGAGUGGGAGUGACCCGUCCCUGGCGCUGCCGGGCAGCAUCCUCUGUGCCCCUCCCCACAGGUCCUCAGAGGAGGUCUCUCUGGAGCAAGAGUCCAAAGACGUGCGUGGCGUCCAUGGGUCCCUGGAGGGGCAGGACCAGCGCCGGGCCAACACCACAGUGCACGUGUGCUGGUACCGGAACACCAGCGUCUCCAGAGCCGACCACAGUGCGGCUGUUGAGAACCAGCUCUCGGGGUACCUGCUGAGGAAGUUCAAGAGCAGUAACGGCUGGCAAAAGCUCUGGGUGGUUUUUACCAAUUUCUGUUUGUUCUUCUACAAAACUCAUCAGGACGACCACCCCCUGGCCAGCCUCCCGCUGCUGGGCUACCGCGUGGGCGUCCCCACGGAGGCCGACGGCAUCCACCAGGAGCACGUCUUCAAGCUCCAGUUCAAGUCCCACGUCUACUUCUUCCGGGCUGAAAGCAAGCACGCCUUCAAGAGGUGGAUGGAGGUGAUCGAGAGCGCCAGCAGCUCCACCGGGAGGGCCAGGUGCCCUGAGGACGAGGCGUGAGGCCCGCCCUGCCCGAGGACCGAGCCGAGCAGCACAGCAGGGUCAGCACAUCCCCCGUGACUGCGGGUCCCGUCUUCCCAACGGCCCAGGGGUGGCUGUGGGCUCCUCGGGCCCCCGGCGUAGGACGGGUGGGUAGGACAGCAUGGGGACGCCUCACAGUGACCUCCAGGAGGUUCGGCAUCCCUGAGACCCUGCUCAGAGGUGGCAGCCACCCCCCACGCUCCCCGGCCCCCUCCCCUUCUGGAGCAGGGCCCCGCAAGGCCUGGCCCAGAACAGGAGCUGGGGCAACCCCGCGGCUGCGCACCAGGUGACAUGUGUCCGUGCAAGUCCAGCAGAGGCACUCCAGCACCUGCCCCACUGACCUCUGGGGUGCAGACACCCGACUUCCUGCCUGGCCUUGGGGGGGCGGGGUCAAGGGCCUCAAGUUUCUCAGUUCCCCGGGGCUUCCUCACAAAUGCAAGUAAACGGACACAGGCUGUCAGUCUGUCCCUGCCAAUGUGCGUGCACUUCCCUGGCUCCCCCGCUCUCUUGCCAGCAGGCCACAAGGUCACCCUGUGCCAUCACAAGGACUCAGAAACCAGGAGCCGAGGCCCCAUCCGCCACCAGCAUCUGUCCAAUUUGGGUUUUUAUUGAAAGUGGCCGGAGCCUCUCAACCUUCUAUGAAAACUAACACCUUAGCCUCAGGACACUCAGGGAAGAGAGGAAGUCGUUUCUUUAAAAAAAAAAAAAAAAAAGUCCUGGCCGACACGAGUCCUCGGGAGGAGACACGGUACCUGAUGCGACAUGAGGCAAAUCUGUGCCCGGCGCGGCCUCUUGAGGCCCGGGCAGGGGAGGCAGGGCCCCCCGACAGUCUCUGCUCCUCACUCCACGUGCUGCGCAGCUGCGUCCGUGCUCCGCUGCCAGGAGGAGGCGUGGAAGAGGGGCCCUCCGUGGGUGGGGGGCAGUGACCCGGCAGUGAGGCCCCCAUGGGGUGCCACACAGAGACCCUUCUCCCCACUAUGCAAGCAGCGGCGCUUCAGCGGGAUGACGUCAGGUGGUUUCUGUUGUGGGAAAACCUGAGGAGGGGACAGCCGGUCACCCCCAGACAGGAGGGGAGUGGCCCUGGCCGGUGCGGGAGCUUAGGACGCCCAGGGAAGGGGACGGGGCCAGCGCUUGGACCUGAGCCUCUGAGCACAGCACUCGGGAGGCUGGAGGGCUGCACUCCCCCCGCGCAGGCCCCGAAGGUACAGAGGCAAGAGGAAGAGAAACAGAAACCGAGAAGACCAGCCCUGGCCGCCCCACCAGCGCUGCAGGCCUCACCUCUGCACCCGCUCCACCAGGUGUGCCAUCAGCUUGUCCGAGAUGCCUGGGCAGGACUCCUCGGCCAGGCUGAAGGCGUUCUCGAGCUCCUCCAGCGCCCCCAUGCCUCCGCCGCUCUGCCUGUGCUUCUCCCUGAGCUGCGGAGAGAGUGCCGCCGCCUGGCCGUGAGCCCGGACUGUGAGCCACUGACAGCCGGACCCUCGGCCGCAUCUGCGGGGGGGCCCCAGCUGUCCGCCCACCGCAGAGCUGGGGGGCCGGGUCCCACCGGGUACCUGGGACUCCAGCAAAGACGGAUGCUGCCCCACCCCCUUGGCCUAUCGCAGUCACGCUGCAGUGGGCCAGGCUAACCACGUGGCUUCCUCCCAACCAAGGGUCACAGAAACCCAUGGCUCAGGCCCCUAGGACUUCAGAGAACAGCCCAGAAACCCCCGGUGCACGGCGCAGCCAGAUCAAGGCGUCCUGACCCCUAGGCCCCACCACCACCACCACCACAGGGGCUGUGAGAACCAGAAGGAGGAGUCCCUCCCCUGGGGCUUAGAAGCAGGCCACCCGGGUCCCCUGCCACACCCCUCACAGUACACCCCAUCCAUUGGCCUUGACCUCAGGCCCAGCCCACAGAAUCAGGCCCCACAGGGGGUGUCCCCCCCACACACACCACCAUCAGUGAGGGGGUUCCAGCUGCCCCAGGCCCUGCCCCUCCCACAGGCCUCCAAGCCAGUCCCUCCAUAAGCUCCAAGUAGCCCAGAGCACUGCCGGCCCUGGCCCUCCUGACGCUGGCCAGGUCCUUCCUGGUGUGGGGACAUGCCCCUGAUCCAAGUGUCCCAGCUGAGCCUCACAGGCUCCUGGUCCUUGGCCCCUGGCAGUCCCUCUCUUGCCAACUGCCCUUCCCCCAGCUCCUCCCCUGCAUCUCAGGCCCCUCCAGGUGGGAGCUCUCCUCCUCCACCCAGAUGCCCCCACUGGGGAUACCCAAGGGCCCGGUUUCCUCAGGAAGGCUCUCAGCACCCUGUUCCUCCCUCCCUGGGCUCCAGGUGCCACUGUAACCUGGGGUGGGAACUGGGCCCCUGACCUACUGCCAGCCUCGGAGUCCAGACUGUGGGGGCACCUGGGGUGCUACUGAACAUCCCCAUCAGUGGGUGACAUGUAGGGUCCCAUAACCACCAGGGAGUCACCCUUGAGGCCUCUCUGCCCUGGGCCUGGCAUCAACACCAAGAACUGAACCUUCCAGGCGCUCUCCAAACAGAAGACCAUCCCAUGUGUUUGCAAUUCUAAAUAAAAGUCACAAACAGGA